AGGAUUAUCAUCCACAGGACAACAUCAACACACUCGGAAGAAAUUCCACAACCUUCUGCCCUAAAAACUUCUCUUGGGUUCAUCAUUUCGAUAACCUUUUGCACCUUGCUACUUAGCAUUUCCACUUGUUCUUUGAAAAAUUGUUGCAUAUUAGCACACUAAUUUCUUGAGUAGAAAAGAACAAAUCCGCCCAACAUGACUGCUGGAUUUACCGUUGGAGAGGAGAUGCGCACGUUGGUGGCUAUCUUGGAUACCAUGCGUGCGCCAUCCGACAACGAAGCCCGAAAGAACGCCGAAAAACAGUACGGAAUUGCCAAGGAAAAAAAUCUUAAGGCUCCAACUUCAUAAACAUAAUAUUAUCCAUGUUAACCCAUCUUGUUCUGCUUCUUGUAGUUCUAGAGCAAGUCGAUUUUGUUGGGUGGGUCUCUGUUUUCCUUUGAGGAUAUUGAUAGAUUAGAGCACUAAGGUUUAAUAAUUGGCUUCGCAUGCGAUUGGUUUUUGAAUGGAAAACGAAAACGCAAAUGGAAAAAAUUUACCAUACUUGUUCUGUUCCAUCAUGCUGUCUGUAGGGCAGAGGAUGCUCUCCGUCUAGAACACAGAUUAAUAGGCUUAGGAUCUUCACAUUCUGAUAAUUGUAUUUCCCUCUAAGCAUCCGGACUUCGUCGUGCAGGCCUUGCUGCACAUCGUCGCUAACGGAGCAAAUUUCAACGAGGACCAGCGACAACAGGCGAGUAUCUUCAUGCGCCGACUCUUCAUCCCUGACGCCAUGCUCGAGGAUGAACAGAACAUCGUCUUCUCCCGAUGCUCCCAAGCAGUGAAGGAGACUGUGGCUACCACGUUGCUCAACUGCCUGCAAACUGAAAGUACUACUUGACAGAAAUUAUAGAUCAAGAAUGAUGAAGACGAUAGUAGAUGUUAAAAAUGUAGUUGAAGUUUAUAAGGUUUUUUUAGGAGGAGGACGAGAAGAACCUCAGAUCAUGUGAUCUUUUAUACUUUACGUAAAGAACUACAAGAACCUCGGAUGUGAUCGUUUACUUUACGUAUAGGAAGAUGUAGAGUCUAACAACGUGAAAAAAUAUGGGCUUCACUAGCACUUUGCUGUAUCAGGCUGCUUUUCAUAUUAUAUUUUUCCACCACGAGGAGGGCCUCCGGACAGCUAGGGCAUCAUGAAUUGAAUCCUCACAUCGUCUACUUAAGGAAACAACUUCUAGGAGGCCUCUCAAUCUGAAAUCUUCACGGACAACUACAUUUAGUUGUACAAUGUCGGCUUACAACACCAAACACCAGCUCUCGAGAGAGUGCGAAAGGCAACGGGCAAUGCCCUUGUCACCUUGGCCGAACAGCACAUAGUUCCUUCCGACGCUGAUGGAAAGCGCAAUGAAGCCGCGUGGCCGCAGCUUUUGACCACCGUUUGCUCCAUGUGCGGAUCCGAUGACGAUGUCUCCAAAAAAGUAAACGCAAUGGAAAUGCUCUGCGAACUACUGCCAAUAUACCAAGAGUACUUCUACUUGCUACUUCUCCACGGUAAGUAUCUUCUAGUAUACUUCGCCCUUGUGGCAGUCUGCACUGAACUUUGUGCGAGAUAAAUUGUAUUGUAUUGUACCUAGCUAGGUGCUUCUACUACCUAGUGAAGAUACCUAGAAUUGUAGAAGUCUAAGACCAAUGAAUCUUAGGAAUAGAAGACGACGUCAAGGACAUCUGGAUCUUAUGACACACAGUAUUAGAGACUGAAAUUUUGACUGUUUGUCUCGAUGAACCGACGAUUCGAUCGGGUAAGGUUAAUAACAUAAACAUUGUACUACUAAUUGUAAUUUGAGCCUUCUACGGCUGUGUCAAUCCGCUCGAGUAAUAUGCAGGUAAAACUGUGGACGGCGGACUGAAUAUGAAUUUAUCACGAUUAUCAUUUCCAAUACCCUUUUCAGGACGAUCAAGGGAAUCCAGCGUGAUAUGCAGCUGCUAUUAGAGCAGAGUUUCGGGCAUGGCGACGCCAAGGUGAGAAAAAGCGCAGUCCUGCUCGUUCUCGCGAUGGUGCUCAACUACAAGGCUAAGGACUGGAAGCCACUCCAACCGUGCCUGGCGGUUAUCGUCAAAGUCCUCGAAAACUUGGCUCAGCUCCAGGCAAACGAGCACCUGACCGAGUGCCUCGAACAGAUGACGGAGACCUGCGAGUACGAAGCUAUCUUCUUCAAGCCACAGGUGAAACUGUUGGCCAACUUGCUCGUGCAAAUCGUGGGUGCGAAGGAGCAGCUGGAUGCCACACCAAGGUCUGCCGCACUAGAAUUCUUCAUCACAUUGGCAGAACAAAAGCCGAAGAUGUGCAUGCAGCAGUGCCCCGAGUUCGGAUCCUACCUCAUCAAGGCAGCCAUGGACUGCAUGAUGGAGAUUGAAGACAGCGAUGGUCAAGACUGGGCCAACAUCAUGGAUGAUGAAGAAGGUACUUCACACUACUACAACUAUAAUUUAGAUCUACAAGCAGCACAACUCAUGAACAGUCGGUGCACGUGGUGGUGAUGUUACGAGGACUACGACUACUUGGAGGAUGUUCUUGUUGUAGAAGAUGAUGUGGAAUUUUUUCUUUCGGAUAUUAGAUCAAUUACAUCCCAACUACAAUAGAUGACGAUGACGACGAGCUGUUCAAGCUGGGAGGCGAGGUUAUUGACCGGGCUAUUCAGGCUUUGACUAUCAAGAAGAUCGGCUCUUCCUACUUCCAAGCAAUUGGUAUGUAUGUCCAGAACACCAGCGACUGGCGUAGUCCGAUGUCCGCUCUUUCAGCGGUCUCCGAAGGUGUCGAGUACGUCGAGAAGGCAGAGCACUUGGACCAGUUGAUGGAACUCUGCUUGCAGCAUACAACGUACUACUUUCAUCGUUCAUUGAACACUGACUCUACACGUGUAGCUGUAGGCUAACAACUUACAUACAGCGUACUAUUCUUGAUAUUCUGAACGUAUUCGAAAAUAAAUCCAAAUAGGCAUGCGCAUAUGCGAGUGCGCGCACAGAGUUGGCACGCACUGUCCCGAAUUUUUGCGGACCAUCGUGAAGUGACCGAGAGAUGGCAUCCGCAGUACAUGGCUGCCACUCUCCGUGGCCUCGAGGACCCGGUGCUUCGUGUGCAAACCAAAAAUUUAGGCGCUUUCUUGUAUUUCGGUGAGGCCCUGGAGCCGGUCGUGAUGGAAAACUACGCCAAGGAUCUGCUCGAAAAGUUGGUGGAGAAGAUCAAUAAGUGCAAUCAUCGAGGCGUUAUCGAGGAGUGCAUCACCAGUAUUGCCGUGGUCGCUGGAAGCAUUGAGAAGGAGUUCAGACCCUACUACGAUCACAUCAUGCCGAUGCUCAAGAACUUCAUCAAAAACAGUAGUGAAGAGAAGGAAACCAGACUUCGAGGCAAGGCCUUCGAGUGCAUGUCUUUGUUUGGUGUCGCGGUCGGAAAGGAGAAAUUCACGGUAACAACUAGCUUAUUUGAUGUCAUGGCGAGUCGAAGAACCAACAAAGAGUGAGGAAAAAACCCUUAUGGUCAAGAAACUACGUCUACUCUCUUGCAUCUACUCUCUUGUCCUCAUUUAGCACCGUAGCUAGCAGUUAUAUCCCACCUUGUAGUUCAGUUACAGGUUCCUCCUCCCUAAAUACUUAAAUCAAAAAUGUGAUCCCCACCGACCCCGAGCUCUCCACGACUUUCCAUCUCAGGUCGACGUGACAGAGUGCAUGACGAGUAUGUUGCAGCAGGGAUCCGCAUCGACUCAGUUGGAGAAGAAAAACGCUGUCAUCCUCACAGAUUACCUGAAGGAUGCCAUUGAGCGAGUAGCAGGCGUUAUGGAAGAGAACAUGGAACCCUUUUUACCAGCAUUGCUCUUCGGCGGAGCCCACGGCAGCGGUUACAUGCAAAUCCUCGAUUUGGCACACGCCGCACGACAGACGGAAGCUGGAAGUACUUUUGACUGCUGAUUGAUCCAAGUAGAACAAGAUAAGUACAUUUGAUGAAUCAAAAUUCACACAUCAUAAUCAUCGAAAACGAAUAAAUAGAACUUCUCUACUUUUCACUUACAACUUUCUUCUAGCUAUUACCGGAGAUGAUGACGACGAGGAUGAAUUGAUUACUUUGAAGAACGGAGCGAAAGUAAAGACUGCUUACUUCCGAGAAAUGGCAGACGCAGCUGAAACGGUCGCAUGCCUUGUCAGCAACAGUAAAAAGGCAUUCAUUCCCCAUGUCCCGAAGGUCUGCGAUGGCCUCAUGGCUCUUUUCAAGGUACUACUGCAAGCUUGUCUCUCAGCAUUUUCUUCACAUUCGUCACAUUCAACUUUUUUUUCAUCUUGUGUACGAAUAAGCGACCACAGCAGCUGCGACUACCACAAAGAUACAACUCUACCAAGUAUCAUCAAUACUCUUCCUGAAAAUGCCAACCGUCUUCACAACACCUCUCUACCAGCGACGACUAGGAUCCUCCACUCCACUAUGAAACCAGGAUCGAUUAUCAUUAUCAGUUUUGUCUAGUUAAUGAACCCCCUCCCUCCCUGUUUUUUCUGGAUAGUGCCGGGAGUGGACGCGCUCCGGUUCAGGUUUUUUACCUCGAGGCGUAGUCUUUACUCACUUCAAGCACUGUCUUCUCCGCGUCCAAGCUCAUUAUGAUACCAGAUGUUCCUUUCGUGUCCACCUCUCCAACAAUCUCAAUCGUGAAUCUCUCCAACCGCAACAGAUCGAAGACAAAAGCUUGCGAGCAUCUCUGGAGGCGGAUGAAGUGUUGAACAAGUGCAGUGAAGUAUGGGCAGCGAUUACGGGUGUUCUCGCAAAAUGCGACCAACUGCAGACCAGCCAAUGCGUUGCGAAAUUUAUCGAACUAAACUACCCCUUCCUGGAACAAGCGACCGACGAUGCAGAUGAAGUCACCAUGCUGGCGAAAGGUACUAUCUUCAUCAUUGACAUCUACAACUGAUGACUAUCUUUGAAAAUCUAAAUCUUAAUCAUUGACAUCCGACCUGGCUGGCAAAUCCUUGCGACUAUGCAAAAAAAUGCAAGCUGGAAGUGAGGCCCGACCACUUGGGCAAAAUACAAUCAAAGGACGUCUUAGAGGUCCUGUCGGCAAACUGGAAAAGUCAGACGCUUGCGGGGAUUCCCUCCUUACUCGCCGACUUGGGCGAGGGCGUGACCGUGAAAGGCUACCGAGAGAGGACGAGGGGCGCGCCUAGCAUGGCGCCCGAGUGCGAUGACUUCGAGGAGCCGCCAACCGCGUGCGAGCAUUUCCGCGCCUUGCUGUGCGGCCCUAACUAUGCGCACGGCCGCGCCUGCGUUUACUUGCUGGCGGGCCGGCGCAGGGCUUGCAGCGUCUGACGGCGCGGGCGUAGACACUCACUCGACGGCGAUCCUGAGCGCGAUCAUAGUGCCCGAGGGUUUUGGGUGCGGCCUCUCUUCCAUGCGGCUCCCUGCUACCAGAAGGAGACUACCGACGAGACUGAUAAGCCCGCGGCUCGCUGAAUGGCUGAGAAUCUGCCGAGUCCUCUCUCCGGGAAAAGACUGCGCGCGCCAACCGCUUCGCAUUCUGGGGAUUACUCGCGACGAGUUUCGUAAACUGGCGCGGGAUCGGUAUAAGCUUCCCGCAAAGGAGGGAGGGCUCGCCGCUGGUGAUGUCUUCGCCGCAAUUUCAGAGACUUGCGAGCAGCCCGCUGGGGUUGAUUUCUAAAGGCACCGAGCUCCCAUUCGCGUGGCGCCCGCAGGGGCCGGCCGUCGCUGGCAUUAGCGGCCGCUACUUUUUUCGUGCUGGAGCAGCUCCCCGCGUUGCGAGUCAAUCUGGGGAAAAGUUCGCCAAGUGUCGACGAGUAGCCCUACGCUGUGAAGGCUUGGGCUUGUCUUGGGCUCGAACCGGGCCACGAUCUCAGUCGGGACCCAGCCGGGGGGCUUUGCGAAGUCUAUUUCGGCAAGGACAGCGUGACGCAAUUGACUAAGAAGGCCGGGGCUGAAGUGUGUGCCCAACCCGUGGCCGCGCGGCAGGCACUUCCUGGCCUCUUAGCGAAUGCGGCGCAGAGGAAUUAAGCAGCUGGCGCCCCGCAGGAUACAGUGGGGCAAAUUCCGAAGCUGUCUGGGGUCGCGAAUACCUUGGAAAGUGGGCGCCUCUGGUUGCUAACCAUCGCGCGCCAAGGAGUGCCCUAUCAGUAGACGACUACGCAUACGAGGGCGAGAAGGAACGGCGCGCGACGACAGCGGCAGGCGGUUUGCCCCGCCUUUUUGCGCCACUCGUUCGCGUUUGCGGCGAACCAGAAGCGUGCGAGCCUUCACAAGUAUAAGACGACGCCAGCAGAGAAAAAGCCCGCCGCUCAUCGACGGAAAGCCAGGCAGCGCGCUAGUGUGUGAGCUGCUGACUCUUGCUUCUACAACAGAGACAAGCAAAAGCGGCGGCGCUCCCACAGCCUUCGCGUCGUCUGGUAGUUUUUCUGAGGCGGAACACUCUCGAUUUUCUCAAUCCGAAGGGACGUGAGGGAUAUAAAAAACAGCUUUUCGCGGACGACGUGCAGGAACCCACAGUCGGAAAAGGUGAAGCAUCAGACCUGUUCGCGCCGCUUGGAAGCGGAAAGCUGCAGGUCUGGCGACGGCCUCUGCGUCGUCUGGUAGUGCUGCAGGUCUGGAAACAGCCUCCGCGCCGUCUGGUAGUGCUACAGGUCUGGGAAAAAGAAGGCCCAGGCCCUUUCUUACUCCCAACCUCGACUGCAGUCUGCGACUCGUGCUUCCAUUUUCUUACAAUAAAAAUAAUGAUCACAAUUGAUUCCAUUCCCAUGCUAAUCAUACUACAGGUACCGCCGAGGUGUUGUGCAGUGUGUGCCCGUCAUCAAGUAUGACCGCAGAGAAGAAGGCAGAAUAUGGCGAUGUCACGAAAUAUUUGCAGCCAGCGCAAAUGACGCAGCUCUAUAACUUAUGCGAAACCAAACUCCAAGAAUGCUUCAAGCGCAGAGAAGAAAACCUUUUGAAGGAAUCCGAAUGGAGAGACGGAGCGGAGGAAGAUGACGUUGAAGGUAUACUACAUUUGAAUUUCCUCAGAGAAGAUGAUCAUGUGGGAGUUGACACCAACUGGAAUUGUUUUGAUCUGGGUCUAGGUGCUGUGUGCAAAAAAUUUUCCUAUGUGACAACUCGUCCUGGUUCCGACCUACUUAUACAUAGAUACUUUCUUAUCUUCAAAAUCUCUUCUAUUUUUCAUAGGUGAGAAGAACACCUUAGACGAGAUGGACGACAACCAUGAGGCAGCGGUCGCUGUUUCCCAGAUUAUUGGAGCGUUGAUGCAAUUGAACCCAGAUUUCUACACCCAGAACCUCCUUGGUCGAACCGAUGCCGUGAUCAAGACUUUGUUGGAUCCUUCAAAAAUAGCUAGCAGCGUGCAGGCCAAGGACAGACAAGUGAUCGUAAACAAGAACAAGAUCCUCGCGUACUACAUCGCGUGUGACAUCUGUGAGCACCUACGGGAACGAGGCACCAGCAUGUGGCCAAGCUUCUUGGAAAAACUGUUCGCCGAUCUGCAGAACGUCGACUACGAAGUUAGACACGCAGCAAGCUACUUCGUGUACUUGGCGGCGACCGUGCCAGGCUUUGAGCAGUACUCCGAAAACGCGCUGACGAAGAUGGUACACGUGCUCCAGAGCCCAACAGACUUCGGAAAGGGAGCACAAUCCAAAUACGCUUCCUGCGACGAUAUCAAGGUACAACUUACUACUGCUCACUGAAUUAGAAUUUAAUAUUACAAACGUUCCUGAAUUUCUUCUACUCAAGAAAAAACAAAAUCAACUAAUUAUUUGCAAUUUGACCCCUUUUUACUCCACUACAACUACAGGUCGCCGAAGACAAUUUGAUUGCUGCAGUUUUCGCUUUGCUCGCUAAUAGCGUCACUCUGUCAUCCAAGAACCAGAACUUGUGGGAUUCGCUGCUCCUUCCGAAGCUCCCGCUGAAGAACGACACCGAAGUCGGCGCUUCCGUCAUCGUCAAGCUCCUCGAGUGCUUCCAGGCGCAGCGAGCCGACAUCCUAGGAGAGGGCCAAAAGCGUAUCCCAGCCAUCUGCGCUGUCUUUGCGGAAGCCUACAAGAGCUCCGAUAGCGAGGACAUGGACUCACAGGUGAAAAAAGUCUUCUCCUCGUUCCCGACAGACUUCUUCCAGACCACGUUGAAGCCCAACUUUAAGGACACCCAGUGGAAGAAGCUCGAGAAGCUCAUGAAGGACCCGGUUGUAGGUGCAUAAGCACACAGGACCUAGAAGGUUCUCGUGUAGACCUAGAAGGUCGUCGUGUAGAAAGGAAUAAAAGUGGUCUAGUGGUGGAUAGAAUCUAUCUAUUGGAGAAUACUUGUCUUCAAUUGAGAAGACGUGGGAGGUACUUAUAAAAUACCUUGAAAUUAUGAUUCUGAAGCAGCACAUGAAAAGUACUUAUUCUGAAGCAGUACGCGUACGACAAGAAAUAUUUCUGUGAUUUAGGACACAGGAAUAAAAGUGGUCUAGUUGAUAGAAAACGACAACGCCGGAACGAAAGAACGCUGAAAGCACGACUUUAUGUCAUAGAAGAUACGAAGAAGUUUAAUCAAGCCUGCCGCAUACUUUUUACUUUGAUCAUGAAGAAAACUGAAAAUGAAAUUGUCCUUAAUAUGGUAACGCUAAGUGAAGAAGAAGAUGUUAUAGUUAGGCAGGUUGAGCUUGACGUAUGCUCCGUAUUAGUAUGUUGUACACUACGUGGAGCUGGAGGUCUUGGUCUUCUACAACUCUACAACUUCUCGACGACGGCGCGGCUACUUAUGGACAUAUGAAGAUGAAUACUUGUUGUAAUAAAUCCUACCAAUAGAAAUUCGUUUCAAACUCUGUGCUCGUCUUGUCAUGCAUCUUCAACAUCAAUGAUUAGCUGAAGCAGAAGCCAUUAUGCACCUAGAAAAAUACGAUAAGGUGUACUGGAUUAGGUGGGGGCUCGUUCCGCCAGAACGUGUCUACUACGUAUUCGUUUACUACUCAUUCUGGUAAAAUAAACUUCAGUAUGUGUAUGUUGACCAUCGACUUCCAAUUCUAUUACAUUUACGAUUAUUGGAUCAUUUGCUUUUGCCUACUAGACAUGCAAUAUCAAAUAAUAAAAUAAUAUCAAUAUCUUUCUUCAUAAUAUCAAGCUUCAAUAAUUAUAUCUCCCUACAAAGAACACGAUGUUCUCAGAAAAUAUAAUGCAUGACUUCUCCCGACGAUGUAUCUCAUCCAGACACGACAAACAGCGUCCUCAAAUUGGAAUCCUUAUCCUGCAUUAUAUUCAACUUCAAACGACUUCAAAGAGAUUCUUCUCUUUGAUGAAAGAUAUGAAGAAGAUGCAUGAGUCCUUAUUUCUGAAUGAUGAAGAUAGAAGCAGUGACGUUGCAAGAAGGUUGAUGUAACCGUGGUAACGAAAAAGGAAUAAUUAGAGCACAGCAACCUCCUGACGCCCGCGGUUUGCUACUGCUCCAAAAACAGCUUUCUUCCAACGUGGUGUGUCUGUGUGGCGGAGGGUCCAGAACGAAACAAAG